UCCAGCGUGUACCUCUUUUGGGAGCACACACACCUGCCUCUAUGGAGCUCUGUUUGGCCCAGACAUGCCCCCAAGGGAAUCAUGAAGCCCCUUCUCCACCCAUCGGCACCUUCCAGUCCAUGAACUUGAUACGGAGGAGAUGCCAGGACUUGGGUUGCGGGAACAAGCCUAGCAUGCAAGCUGUGAAGGAACAGGAGGUUCAGCUAAGACCCAAGGACACCCACACCAUGGCAUCUGCCUCAGCCCCAUCUACUGCCUGGGUCCUAGCAAACGCUGACAAAGAAGAAGAGGUACCUGGGAAAGGUGACCUGUCAUUGCAAGCUGAGACUAGAGCAUGGGUCCAGAACACCCAGGCCCACUGGCUCUUGCUCAGGACUGCCCCUGUUUGGUUCCAUGGCUUCAUCACCAGAAGGGAAGCUGAGAUGCUACUGCAGCCCCAGCCUCGAGGAUGCUAUCUGGUGCGCUUCAGCGAGAGUGCUGUGGCCUUUGUGCUGUCCUACAGGAGCUGGACCUGCUGCCGUCACUUCCUCCUUGCUCAGCUAGGGGAUGGGCGCCAUGUGGUGCUGGGUGAAGACAGUGCCCAUGCGCAGCUUCAGGACCUGCUUCAACACUACACAGAGUAUCCCCUCGGCCCAUACCGGGAGAUGCUUACCCAACCCCUUGCCCGCCGGACUGCUGAACCUGCUGGACUUUCCCUAAGGGCUGAAUCAGAGUCUGGAAGCAAAAGACAGGACCCAGACACCCAGCACUUGCUCAUCCAACAGGGACAUGCCCAGGCCCCAGUGCACAAAGAGAAAACGUCACAGGCAUCCAGACGCAGGCCCCUGAUCCCUGCCAAGCCUCAGCUUCCUCUUGAAGUCUAUACAAGUCCUGCUUCACGGCCCUGUCAGGUCCUACCCAUUAACCCCAUCUACCAGGAGCCUGAUGAACCCAUAGCCUUCUACGCCAUGGGACGAGGCAGCCCUGGGGAAGCUCCUAGUAAUAUCUAUGCUGAAGUGGAGGGGCCAUCAGAAAUGACACACACUGGGCACCCCAUCCUCCAAAAGUGCUGGUCCAGGCCUAUCUCAGGAGGCCAGGUAAAGGGGGUACAGGGAAAUAAAAGCUCAAGAAGGCCAACAGAAAGAGGGAGCCCCUCCUGA